GAUGACCUAUAAGGUUGUUCUGUGGUUAUGCUCGGUGUACUUUUAGUGAUGUAGGCCUGCCUCCAACACAAAAGUGUUGUCAUUUGUUAGUAACCUGUAACAAGGCAGUAAAGACUUCUUUUGAUAUCCUUUUUCAGCAUUAUUUACUUGAAACAGAAGUCAACCCUACACCCCCAACCUAAUUGUCUUGCCAAGUAACAGAAGUUUAAACGGAAAACCCCAGCUGUUUUGAGAGAAGGGGUUAAUUUUGCUGUUCAAGCAGGUUUUGUCAAGAAAAUGUCUGUUUUGCUAAUAUUACCCCCUUGGAGUCCAACAUAUGUCUGAACAGAAGUUAACUUGAAAAGGGGUYGAAAAGUUUCAAGUAUUCUGUACUGGGACAUUUUAGAACUCAUUUGGCAUACGUGUGUCAGUUGAUGAUGAUCAUCAUGCAUUUGGUAUACAUAUGACAUGAAGAGAGAGCCUACAAUGUAUCUCGUCUGAAGAGUAUUUCUAGCAGGACUAAAUGCAGCUGUAGUGAGGCCCAAACAUCAAGGGACCCUACCGCCCCAUGCACACUCUCUGCCCUCAGCGGGUGCCUGGCUGUCACGAUUUUACGAGUUGUAAGCCUAUUUCAUUUGAAGUUUCCAUUUGAUCGUUAAUUCCCUCGGGUACACACUUAUUAUAGUGCUUAAUGAGCGCUUUAACCAUGUCCACGUCUCAAGAAGAAACGGAUGGUAGAGGUGCAAGGGGUGGAGUUACUUGGGGUCAAUAGCCAAUGGAAAGCACCCAAAUUAUGAGUGGCAUUGAGUUCAGUAUUUAUGAACUGUAAAGUUGUCUCAAACUGACACUGGACUGUGAAGAGAUACGAGUACAGGCGAGUGGCAAAGAUGAUUUCUCAGGUUCUCCUGACGGGGACAYUAUGUUGUCUACUCCCAGGUUUGCUGGAUGCUACACCUCUGAAGGCUAGAGCUGUGAGGGAGGUCAGCAUCGACUCUGCCCAAGCUCAUGGCUUCCUGUCUCAGUCACGGCCCAAACGGAACGUCGAUCCCAAGUGGCACCGCGGCACGCCUGAUUUCCAGUCCUACUACAAAUUCUACAACAGCAUCGGCCAUAUUGAAGGAGUGUAUGAGAUUGACAGGAUCAGGAUGCUGUAUCAGCAGAUGCGUCACCUGGAGCAGGUCUAUGGGCCAGACGCCUCAAGCUACCAGAAUGCCCUGGGUGUGAUAACCCCACCACCCACCACYGCAGCUCCUACUACCACCACACUGCCUGCUACCACUCAGCCCCCUCCUACUACUACCACUCAGCCCACUCCUACUACCCCAGCACCACUUUCUUUUACUAAGAUUGACAUCCUGUAUCUGUGUAACCACAAAGACCCCCUCUGUAAAGCUCACAUCGUCUACCUGCCUGCAGGGGCCAUCCCGGUCCUCUGUGACCCACGCUACAACCCUGCCUGCAAACCCCAAACUGGUAAGGUGGUCAUUGCUGCUGUACCUAUGGAGCCAGCUCCUGCAGCACCUCUGGAGCAAGCUGUUGAAGCACCACCUCCACCUCCACGAUCUCCUAAGAAGUCUCUCCAACCUCCUCGUCCUCCUCCCAUCGUCAUUAAAGGGAUGGAGUAUGACUGUGACCCUUACUGGGACCCUGACUGCCUGAUCGAUCACCCACCUCGCCCUGUCAAGGCGACUGAGCCACUUCCACCACUCCAUACUCUCCCCAUUGUUGUGGAAAAGGCGGUGAAGGAAGAAGUUGCUCCUGGGGAGACCAAAACACCUUUUGACCCACGUGAUUUCCGGCGUGACCUCUUUGACCCUUACCGCUAUUCUGACCAAGCCCCUGACCCCCAGUAGACGAUUAAAACAACAGAAAAUGGACAUACAAAUAAAACAGUAGUGUUAGUUUAUAACAGAAGGUCAGUAAACAAAUACAGGUAGGACUGUGAACAAAACCAUAAAAUGUUUUUUUUUACACAAUUUCCCCCCAAGUAUGACACUUUUUCACUUCCAUCAGAGAAUAUGGUUUCAGUUUGAGACAAGCCUGAUAAAAUCUUGUAUUCAA